CCUGGCUUCUACCUUCUGCGCCCAGGCAACUGGAUCGCGCCUCGGGCUAAGGCUUUUCCCUCCUCUGCCCACCGGGCUCCUCCACCCGGCCCUGCGGCGCCCCGCAGCUCCCCGCCCCCCACCAGCCCCGGGGCCCUUCCUGCUUUUCCUCCGCGGUGCUUUGAUCCGGGGGCCCUUCUGUUUGUUUUCUCUUCUUUCCUCUUUGUUGCUCUAAAACCCACCUCGCCGAAGCCCCCCGCUGCGGAGGGAGUUCGACUUGCAGAGGAAGGCGGCUACCGCGCACCUCAUCCGCCCCUCCUGCGACCCCGCCAGCCGGCGCGCCCACCCCGCCUGCCAGACCCGCCGCCUGCCUUCGUUCGCCUGAGGAAGCCAGCCGAGAGUUCAUUGAUGCACCCAUUCCAGUGGUGUAACGGGUGUUUCUGCGGCCUGGGACUGGUGAGCACCAACAAGUCCUGCUCGAUGCCACCCAUCAGUUUCCAGGACCUUCCCCUCAACAUCUACAUGGUCAUCUUCGGCACAGGCAUCUUCGUCUUCAUGCUCAGCCUCAUCUUCUGCUGCUAUUUCAUCAGCAAACUCCGGAACCAGGCACAGAGCGAACGAUACGGAUAUAAAGAGGUGGUGCUUAAAGGUGAUGCCAAGAAGUUACAGUUAUAUGGGACCUGUGCAGUCUGUUUGGAAGACUUCAAGGGGAAGGACGAGCUGGGUGUGCUCUCAUGCCAACACGCCUGUCACCGCAAGUGUCUGGUGAAGUGGCUGGAAGUACGCUGUGUCUGCCCCAUGUGUAACAAGCCCAUUGCUGGUCCCUCAGAGGCCACCCAGAGCAUCGGGAUCCUAUUGGAUGAGCUGGUGUGAGUGCUGCCUUCAUACCAAGGCCUGGAGAAGACCUCUAGCCUCACGGGUGCCUGGUUCUUCUGCAAAGCCGCAGUGCAACAAGACUGUUGGGUGGUGAUGGGCAUGCUCGCCUGGAGGGGCGGGGGUGCCGGGCUGGUCUUCCGGCCUCAGGGUGAGACUAGACUUGCCCACCUCUCUGCUUCCUGAAGCCUGCUUCCCUGCUACUCAGUUCUGAUGGUCUUGCCCAUCAGGACCACUGUAUCCUGGUACUGGACUAUCUGCCCGCCUU